AUGGGCACAGUGUUUAUUGAGAAGUUUUGCUUUGUAGUUGUUGUUGUUUUAGCAGUGUUAAUUGGCUCAUCAGAAGCAAAUGGCUGUGAUUUAUUUGAAGGAAGUUGGAUGCACUAUUUCCGUAAACAGAUGCACUGUUCCAGUGAACAGAUGCACUGUUACAGUAAACAGAUGCACCGUUCCAGUGAACUGAUGCACUGUUUCAGCAAACUGAUGCAAUGUUUCGAUGAAAUGGCACAAUGUUUCGAUGAAAUGACACAAUGUUUCAUACAAACUAGGAUGAAUAAUACAACAAGAAUAAUAGUAUCAAAACAAGAACAAGCAAAUGUAGUUAGAAGUAAUUGCAAUUUGUUUGAAGGGAGUUGGGUGAUUGACGAUGAUGUUAUUGAGCCUUUGUAUAACACAACUACUUGUCCAUUCAUUCGAUCGACAUUUAAUUGUACCAAACGGCCUGAUCGUCAAUAUCUUAAGUAUAAAUGGCAACCUUCUGGUUGCGAUUUACCAAAGUUUGAUGGUAGUGCAUUUUUGAGGAAAUACAAGGGGAAGCAGAUAAUGUUUAUUGGGGAUUCACUAAGUCUAAAUAAUUAUGAUUCAUUCUUAUGUUUGCUUUAUGUUUCAGUGCCUGGAGUGAACCACCACACCAAAUCAACCAACCAAAGUGUUACUGUAAUUUUUGAGGAUUAUAGAGUUUCAGUCACAUUAUUCAACUCAUUAUUCCUAGUAGAUGUUGAAGUGGAGCCCAAUAUUGGAAGAGUAUUAAAACUCAAUUCCAUUAAAAAUGGAGAAAUUUGGAAGCAAGCUGAUAUUUUGAUCGUCAAUACUUGGCUUUGGUGGACUAGGGGAGGGCCAAAGCAACCUUGGGAUUAUAUUGAGGAUACUGAUGGCAAGUUAGUAAAGGAAAUGAAUCGUGUGAUUGCAUUUCGAAGAGGAUUAAACACAUGGACCAAAUGGGUUGAGAGGGAAGUGGAUCUAACCAAAACCAAAGUUUUCUAUCAAGGCCAAGCUGGUUCUCAUCAUCAUGGAGAAGAUUGGGGUGAGCCUGGAGUGAAGGGUUGCUCAAAUCAAACAACACCAGUUGUUGGAUCAAUUUACCCAAGUGGAUUGCCUUUACCUGCACAAAUUAUGAAACAAGUGUUGAAGAACAUGACAAAUUCAAUAUUCCUUCUUGAUAUUACGAUACUUUCUCAUUUGAGAAAAGAUGGACAUCCAGCCAAUCAUAAUGGCUAUUCAGGCUUUGAUUGUACACAUUUUUGCCUUCCUGGUGUUCCUGAUACUUGGAACCAACUCUUUUAUGCUUCUCUUCUAAAAUUAACGUCUUAAUUGGAAACAUCGAAGAGAAUCCUAGUUUGGUAUUACCUAGAUAUCACUUUAUUUUAUUAAAAUUAAGAUGUCAGAAUCUGAAUAAACAUAGAACAUCUUCUUAGUUGUUG